GGCAGGACGGGGACGUCUGUUCAGUCUUGAUUUACUGUCGACCCUCCCAUCGUGUGGGAAGGAAGUUGCACUCAGCACAGAAGAAGAUAGAAGAAUAAGCAAAGCCGCAUGACGCCAGCAUAUACCAGACACUCGCUGUAACCUGCGCUCAUCGGGCUAGGGCGCCGUGGGGUGGUGGCACAAGCUUUGGACUAUCCUCAGGGACAGGCUGCAGGUUUUCUCAAAGGUGCAAAAAAGAUCACCAUGGCAAGUCAACUUCUGAAGUUAGCCAUGUUCCUCAUGUCAUUGACCUAUUCUUCAUCCCUGGGCCAAGCGAUCACUGUUGCUACUGAAACUAAAUCCAGCAGUGACAAAUAUUUCCAAACGUUAAACGUUACAGGCAAUAGCUUUGCUGCUUUGAUGGAUAACUCAGCCAAUGAACUUGGGACGUCUCAUGCAAGUACCGAAGAGUCAAAAGUCACCCCUGAACAACAGACAAGUCCAAGCAGUGUGGCCACUCAAGAAGUAACAUCAAAAUUCACAUCAUAUGUGAUGACCAUUGGGUUAACCAUGAGCAAAGACCCACCACCUGUCUCCUCCACAAAUAGAUCAAUCACUGACCUGCUCAACCUUUCUGCAGGGCUCCCAGUUACAAGUCAAGAAGAUGAUGUGACAAAUAAUCACAAUAUGCCUACUUCUUCCCAGCCAUCUGAUGAGACGGUGGGAAUUUCUACAGCAUUGGCCACAAAGACCCCCAAAAAUACCUCCUUGCCCACUAAGAAACCUGAGGACAUAUCAAACAAGGAAAGGCAGAAAAUCAUCCUUAUUGCGGUCUGCAUUGUGAUCCUCAUCCUGAUCCUGGCCACCACAUUAUUCAUAAUGGUGAGGAGCAAGAGAAGGAGGGGCUCCCAGAGCUUCAACAGUAGGAGAAGAAGCUCCAACAAGCAGGAUGUAUGGGCCGGUCAGGUACCAGAGCUGGGAGAUGGGAAGAUGACCCAACAUCCAAUGGGGAGGGAAAAUGGGACAGCAGGAAACAAAGAAGAGGCUGGAAAGGAACAGGAGAUGGUCACCUUCAUCAGUGGUGAGAAGAAUGACAAUUCUGUGGUUUUGCUGAAUGAAAUAGGCAACGGAGACACCAUGGAGGAGAAGAAGCCGCUGCUGGAGGACCGUCCACAUGAGUAUGAGGAACAGGAGAAGCUUCUCAUGGAGGAACAGUCUCCAGCCCUGACUGUGGAAAAAGACCAAGUGUGAGGGGGACAUGGACACCAACCUGGAGACAGAAGAGGAACAGCCCCCUAUAAUGUCCAGUUAUUAUAUACAGCACAGCUUUAUUACUAAAGGGUUAAUCUGGUGACCCACAUUACAUCGGAACACUGCACCCACAUAAUGGAAUCUGCAUGGGGGCAGGGGACUCUCAUAUCUAUCUAUCUAUCUAUCUAUCUAUCUAUCUAUCUAUCUAUCAGUCUCAUAUCUAUCUAUCUAUCUAUCUAUCUAUCUAUCUAUCUAUCAUCUAUCUAUCUAUCUAUCUAUCUAUCUAUCAUACCCAUCUAUUAUCUAUCUAUCCUUCUAUCUAUUAUCUAUCUGAUAUCUAUCUCUCCUGCCCACUUUCCACUUAUAUAAUUUGCUUAUAUUUGCUCUGUAGAACGUUCUAUGACAUUUGUAUUAUUUAGGCUGAGUUCACAUCACCGUUUAGCUUUCUGUUUUUCUGAUCCGUCAGGAGAAGGGCGCAUUCACAUGAUGGCGCCGUGUUUUGUGGUCCGCAAAACACAGAAUGCCGCCUGUGUGCGUUCCGCAACUUGCGGAACGGAAGAGGCGGGCCAUUAUACAAAUGCCUAUUCUUAUCCGUUUUUUUAGACGGGGGAGGGGGCUUCGGCAGUACUUUUUUUUUCCAUCUGAAAAAACGGAUCUCAGUUGGAAAUGGCUCAGACAGAUGCAACGGGAUCCGAUUAGUUUUCCUCUCUCUCUUUUUCUGACAGGUCAGAAGAACGGAAAGCUGAACGGUGAUGUGAACUCAGCCUUAUACUUGUAUGAAUUAGGUGAAUAGUUGGAUAUUAUAUAUUAUUAUAGGUGGCAGCCAUGUUGUGGCCCCGGUAUGCGAUGGCGCCGGUCCCCUCAUGUCCAGCUGCUUCCUCACAUAUCGGCUCCAUCGCUCAGCCAUUAUUUCUGUAAUUAGUUAAUAUUUCCUCAUUAAAUAUUUUUUUAUCUAGUAA